ACGUCCGGAUAUUGCACCACAUUUCACUUACCUAUAUAACCUCACGAGGAUGUGUUUCAUUUUAAAGUAAGGUGUGGACGAGGACGGAGAAUUUCAUAUUAAAGUAGACAAAAAGAACUAAUCAUCAUUAUAAACAGUGGAAUGAUAUUCUGAAUAAACCAGACAUGGAUACAUAAAGUGACAUCAAUGUGAUUUUUGAAAAAUGACCCAAGUUUUCCAUUUAAUCAAGAGAAUGCACUCCAGCUAGUGUGAUGAGAACUACCUGAUAUUGGUGGAUUAAAACACAGAGUGAGCACUUUUCAGGAUGUCAGAAUUUGAAAGUAUUCUACGACAGCUUGGGUCCUUUGGAGCAUACCAGAAGCGUGUAUUUAUAUUGGUCAGCAUGUUUGAGACCCCUGCAGCAUGGGCUAUGCUUCUUCCUAUCUUCUUGAAUAUUGCACCAGAGUGGAAAUGUCCAGAAUUCAGUGAUUCUAAUGCCACUCUAACAAACAAAUCAUCACUGGAAAAAAAUGUUGCAUUAUCAGCAAAACAGUGCUCAGAAAGUGACACACUUUGUCCCGGAGCUGUGUUUUCUGAAGACAUCCAGUCCAUUGUUAGUGAGUGGUCACUGGUGUGUGACAGGAUGAAAAUCCCCAGUACCAUCACCACAAUCCAGAUGUGUGGUCUGCUUGUUGGAGCUCUUCUUAUGGGACAGCUGGCUGAUAUCUUUGGUCGCAGAAAGCUUCUAUAUAUUGCCUAUUCUUUGCUGCUUGCCUUUUCUCUGGGCAGCGCAUUUGCUAAUUCAUGGCAGUUAUUUGCGGCCUUUAGAUUUUUCAUCGGUGGACUUGUGGGAAGUGUGAUGGUGGUAAAUUUUGUGCUCCCCCUGGAGUUUGUGACACCUGAUUGGAGGACAUUCUGUGGGUGUGUGGGGUUCUGGGCUGUGGGAUUGAUGACACUGGCAAUAUGGGGGUACUUCAUUACCAACUGGAGAUACCUUAUUAUAAGUACCUCAGUUGCAGGAGUAUUCAUGCUUUUUACAUGGUGGUUCGUACCAGAGAGUCCAAGAUGGUUGUUGAGCAAAGGAAGAUUCCACGAAGCAAAGGCUGUUUUAAAAAAGAUAGCGGAAUAUAAUGAAAUUAGUUUACCAGACCUGUCUACAUUAGAAAUGGAGUCUGAGGUCAGAAGUCAACCUGAGAAAAGAUACAAAAACUUCAGUUACUGGCAUUUAUUUAGGACAUGGAGCAUGUCCAAAAAUUCUCUUAUAGUCAUGUAUGGCUGGUUUGUUUCCAGCUCAGUAUAUUACGGGUUAAACUUCAACACCAGCAACUUAGCAGGGAAUCUACACCUUAAUGUGUUCAUUUCAGGUUUAGUAGAAAUUCCAGCCUUGGUUUUUGUAGUGGCAUUAAACAAUCGAUUUGGAAGGAGGAAAAUCACUCUGUCUCUAAUGUUAUUGGCAGGAAUCUCAUGUGUAGCUGUUCUAGUCAUUUCAUUAAUAGAUGAAUCUCAGAUUGUCUCCAUAAUUGUUGUUGCGAUGAUUGGAAAGUCCGCUAUAUCUGGUGGAUGGGCAGCCACUCAGGUGUUUUCUGCUGAGACCUUCCCAACAGUAAUCAGGAAUAUCGGUAUAGGGGCCUGUGCCAUGUCAGCCCGAAUUGGAGGAAUUGCAGCCCCACAGAUUGUACGACUGAGUAAAGGUUCGUUAGAUGUGCUACCAUUUGCUGUGUUUGGGGGUCUUGCUCUGUUGUGUGGAUUUCUGAUGUUAUGUCUCCCAGAAACCAACAACCAACCACUGCAAGACCAUAUUGUGACUGUCCCUGACCCAAACAGCAAGGUCAAGGUCAAUGGAGUGUCAGAAGAGGAGAUACACUUAGAUGGUGUUGAUUCUUAACACUGUCAUUUUAUUUAUCAAUGUACAAUCAGUAUUGAACAAUUUUUCAUGGUAGAUCAUUUUAUUUUUUAGAAAAGCUUUUUUUUCUUUUAAAAGUCCAGCAUUUUUUAUUGUUUUAAAGGCUUUUUGGUUUAUUUAUUCUCAUGAGGAAUUUUAUUUCCUCAUUAUUAGCUCAAAGUAGAUCCUUGCCAAAAAACAUCAUACU